CGAAAGAAGAAAAAAAGAAGAUUGCUGGCGCAAAGACACAGAACAACGGAGGCCUACAAAAUAAAAUACGGGGAAAAGAACGAAAAAAAGAUAUGAACACCGAGCAGAAGCUAGCCUUGAUUAAGGAAAAUCUUGCCGAGGUGCUAAACCCGGAAAUCAUCGAUGCGGUCUACGCUGAAGGGCGCGAUCCUGUGAUAUACUGGGGAACGGCAACAACUGGUCGACCUCACUGUGGCUACUUCGUACCUGCGAUAAAAAUCGCUCAAUUCCUCGAGGCGGGCUGCCACGUGAAAAUACUGCUUGCGGACAUCCAUGGCUUCCUUGACAGCUUGAAGGCGCCGCUUCCGCUCGUCGAAGCGCGAGCGCAGUACUACAAGCACACCAUAACGGCGAUGCUUGAGGCAGUCGGCGUACCCACAGAGAAGCUAGAGUUCGUGCUUGGAAGCUCCUACCAGAAAACGGAGAAAUAUGUCAUGGACGUUUACAAGCUGGCCGCACUUACGUCGGAGCAUGACGCAAAGAAAGCGGGCGCAGAGGUUGUCAAACAGUCUGACAACGCCCCGCUGAGUGGUCUCCUCUACCCGCUAUUACAAGUUCUCGAUGAGGAACACUUGGGAGUAGACAUACAAUUUGGAGGUGUUGAUCAACGCAAACUCUUCACAGCCGCCAUCGAAUGGCUGCCGAAGCUCGGCUACAAGCAGCGAGCGCACCUAUUGAACCCGUUGAUUCCCGGUCUAGGCGAAUCUGGCAAGAUGAGCUCAAGCGAUGAGAACUCAAAGAUCGAUUUGCUCGAUGACGAGGCUACGGUCGCUAGGAAAAUCAAGAAGGCUCUCGCUGUGCCUAAGCAGCCGCAGGGCAAUGCAUUACUCGCAUUCACUGAAUAUGUGCUGCUGCCAGCAUCAGGCAUUGGCGGCAGAAAGAAGGAGUUUAUCGUCGACAGAUCACGGGACAACCUCGAGCCGCUCGUCUACACAGACAUCAAGCAAAUGAACGAUGACUACGCCGCUGACAUUCUCACCCCACAACUGCUCAAACAGGCCGUCACCAAGGGUCUAAACGAGAUCCUAGAACCCAUACGUAAAAAGUUUGAGGCCGACAAGGAAUGGAAAGAAUGCGAUGCGAGGGCCUAUCCGCCUCCAGAGAUCGUCAAGAAGGUGAAGAAGGUGAAGAACAAGGGAACCGGCUAUCCGGGAGCGAAGAAAGCGGAGGAGAAUGCCGAACUGCCCUUGCGGGAGGCGGGUGUGCAGCCAAGCGUGAACGAUCCGCCCUCAGCUCCUCAGACGGAGGCGUAAAUUUUCGAGAUCAGCUGAUGCUACUUUGAUGUGGGAUGAGUUAUGAUAUAAGAAGGGGAAAAAAGGGAAACCUUGUUUGGUGGAUCGCAGUCAAGCAUGGCUACACGACUAGAGUUGAAUAGAAGGGACACGCUCAUGUGGAUUACAUCGUGAUACAAAUGUAUCAGGAAAAGUGUUCUGCUAUAUUCAUUGCAUCUGCUAGGUUCACCUGCAGGUUGAGGACGUCAAAAUAGUUUAACAUGCAGCAGUCCGUUUUCCUUUCAAGACUUGCUUUGACACGUUAUAAAAAAAGAGCAGUACUCCGAC